AUGGCCGCGCAGUCGGACGGUGGAGCCGCCGGACGCGCAGGGUUUGCACAUCUGUAUGAUGAUGAGGAGCCGCUGGACUCCGCCGCCAUACACAUCUGUCAGUGUUGCCGCACCUCUGCCUGCUACUGGGGAUGCCGCUCCGCCUGCCUGGGCUCCCUGCCCUCCGGAGGGGUGGCCAUCCGGGAGACACACUGUCCUCCCCGGGAGCAGCUGUGGCUGGACUGCCUCUGGAUCAUCCUGGCUCUGCUGGUGUUUUUCUGGGAUGUUGGCACCGACCUGUGCCUGGCUAAUGAGUACUACCAGAGGCAGGACUACCUCUGGUUCGGCCUCACACUGUUCUUUGUGCUGGUGCCAUCGGUGCUGGUCCAGAUUCUGAGCUUCAGAUGGUUUGUGCAGGACUACACCGGUGGGGGGCUCGGGGAGGUGGAGGGGUUGACCAAGAGGGGUGCGGUGGCCCUCGGGUGCCUGUAUCCCGGCAGAGACCGCCUGCAGCUGGCCAGCAUCUGGCUGUGGCAGGCCACCAUACACAUCCUCCAGCUGGGACAAGUGUGGAGGUACAUCAGGACUCUGUACCUGGGCAUCAUGUCGCGUCGGCAGAAGGAGCACCAGCGGCGUUGGUACUGGGCCAUGAUGUUCGAGUAUGCGGACGUCAACAUGCUGCGGCUGCUGGAGACCUUCCUGGAGUCCGCACCUCAGCUGGUCCUGCAGCUCUGCAUCAUGAUCCAGGAGAACCGGGCCGAGACGCUGCAGUGCAUCUCCUCCCUGGGCUCCCUCCUGUCCCUCGCCUGGGUCCUGGCCUCCUACCACAAGCUGCUGCGGGAUUCCCGCGAUGACCAGCGCAGCAUGAGCUACCGCGGAGCACUGAUGCACCUCUUCUGGCGCCUCUUCACCAUCUCGUCCCGCGUCCUCUCGCUCGCCCUCUUCGCCUCCCUCUUCCACAUCUACUUUGGCAUCUUUGUCGUGGUCCACUGGUGCGCCAUGGCCUUCUGGGUGGUGCACGGGGGCACCGACUUCUGCAUGUCCAAGUGGGAGGAGGUGCUCUUCAACAUGGUGGUCGGCAUCGUCUACAUCUUCUGCUGGUUCAACGUGAAGGAGGGCAGGACGCGGCACAGGAUGGUGACGUACUACAUCGUGGUAUUGGCCGAGAACACCAUCCUGACUGGGCUGUGGUACACCUAUAGGGACCCAGCAUUGACAGACUCCUACGCCGUCCCAGCGCUGUGUGGCGUAUACCUGACGUUUGCCGGCGGCGUCCUGGUCAUGCUCCUGUACUACGGCUUCCUGCACCCCGCCACCGCCCACCUCGAGCCGAGCCCCGCCUCGUCCUGCUGCGCUCAGCUGCUCUGGGGACUCCCGCUCCCCCCGUCAGCCCCACCCACCGCUCCUCCCACACCGGCCCACAUGGCCAAGUCGCAGACGGACGAGGAUGUGGCCGAGACGUGUCUCCCCGUCUUCCAGCAGAGGUCGGCGCCCAUCACCUCCAAGUCCGAGGGCCCGCUGAUAAAGAUCGACAUGCCCAGGAAGCGUUACCCUGCGUGGGACGCCCACUACGUAGACAGGCGCCUGCGGAGGACUAUAAACAUCCUGCAGUACAUAACGCCGGCCGCUGUGGGCAUUCGCUACCGUGACGGACCCCUGCUGUAUGAACUGUUGCAGUAUGAGUCCUCACUCUGA